AUGCAAUACCACAAAAUGGACUUCAGCUGUGGCUGGCUUGAUGCCGUCGGCAUCAAACGACGAGCAGCACAGUCCACAAACAGCAUGCAAGUGAGAAUACGCAGCGGCAUGUCGCGGUGCAGCAGCAGUGAGUGCUCGUCGCUCGGAGCCUCCUCGCCGACCUCGGUGUGCUCGGUCGACGAGGAGGAUCUGCCAACCUUCCUCCUCUCCAACCUGGCGGUCGCUCAUCCAGAGACGCCGAUCCGGCGGCCCCGAGUGAUCCGCCCCCCGCCAGUGGAGCCGCGUCGACCUACGCUAACAACACGGAUGACCUUCCAGCAGCGACUUCGCGAGUGCCCCACCCAGACGAUCGUCACUGCCCUUGACGCCACAGGAGUCUCAACCGAUGGCAGCAUCUCCGAGCGACUUCGCCGGCUGACCUGGUGCUUUAAGCUCUACGAGCCACGAGACGUGAUGGAGAGGUGGUCGGUGGAGACGCUCCGCGUGGUGGCAGGGAUGGCAGAGGCGGACAAGGCAUCGUGCAUAAGCAGUUUGCUGGGGCAAUUCUUCUCCUUUGACUGA